AUGGGUCCAGACUUCGGAACACACCGAAAAGCAGUCACUGAUGCAGCCAUGGCCUGGAACAAGGACUCAUACUACAGAAAGCAGAAAGCCAAUCUCUGCUCACGGUUAAGGCGACAAGAUGCUGGCUUGAAGACUCACUUGGACCAGCUGGACCAACAGAUAAGCGAACUGCAGCUGGAUGUAAGCAGGUCAUCCUGUGAGGCACUGGAUAGUGACAGCAGGCCCAGCUCAGGCUUCUACGAGCUGAGUGAUGCUGGUUCCUGCUCCUUGUCCACCUCAUGUGCAUCUGUUUGCAGUGACCGCCUCUCCCCAUCACUGGGCAGCUGGCUGCCUGUGUUUCAGCCCUCUAAAUCGAGGUCUGGCAUAGGGGACUGGCGACCCCGCUCUGCCGAUGAGACCACUGUCCCUGCAUGGAACUCACAGCUCAGUAGAGAAGACAGCAGGCUCCUGUAUGGUGCAGAAGACACAGGCCGGCCAAGGGGCAUGUUCCGGCCCAGACCAGUGUCUACAGGUGAUCUUGAGAGAGUCCUCCCAGAUGACCUGGGGCUUCAGAGAGCUGUUUCUGAUGCUGCAUCCUCAUCCCUCCUCUGCCAGGGAAUAGAAGUCCCAGCCCACGCACUGGACCCUAAGUACCAGCGUGAUCUCGUGGCCCGGGGUGGCCAGGAGGUGUACCCAUAUCCCAGCCCCCUACAUGCAGUGGCUCUGCAGAGCCCCCUCUUUGCUCUGCCUAAAGAGGCGCCAAGUCUUGACAUCUACUCGCCUCCCCAGGAGACUACUUUGGUCCCUGUGGAUCAGAACAAGACUCAAACUGGGCCGAUCCAUGAGCUGGGCUCAGCCGAAGCCUACAUCCACCGGCUAUUGCGUCUGCGGGGCCAAGAGCUCCCUCUGAGAGAUGUGUUGCAGGAGCAGGGGAGUGACACGCCUCCUUUCCCACGGAAGCCCUGUGACCAGGGGUCAGACAGUGGAGGCCAGCUCGAGAAGCUGAACUUUGGAAUGGACAGGGGAAAAAUGAAACCAAGUAGAGAUGCUGCCAAGGACAGCCUCAAGCAACAGCGGCCUGUGUCCCUUGUGGAUACUGAGCCCCUCAGCAGCCCCCUAAAGGAGGAAACCACACCUUGGAAUCCUUGUGUCCGUGGAGACAGUACUGUAGGUUCCUCUCUCUGCUCCCAGGCCCAGAGGCCCUACAAUGACUAUGGCCAAGGACAAGUCCUGUCACCAACCAGGGUGCUGGGCCCUGAGAGCCCCACUCUGGCCCCAGGGCCCUUUGCCUACCCGUCCUGCACCACUGGUGAGAACUCCCCAAUGAAGCUGUCGAUGGGCUCUCCCCAAAGCAAAGCCAUGAAGGUCAGAGGAAGAGUAAGUGACAAAGUGCCAAGGCUGGGGAAGCAGCUUCCACCACAGGCUGAGAGACAGCGGGGCAUCCAUGCUGUGGUGCCUCCAGAGUGGGACCCCUCAUCCAGGCCCCAGAGGGGAGGGCUCAGCAGGGGGCCCACACUGGCCAGAGAGCCUUCUGGACGCUCUUGCUCUGAGUCUACCCUCUACCCUGUGCCCUUCUUUGUCCCGCUAGUGGUGGCCCAGCAGGAAGGUUACCCAGCAUCCCAGUCUCUGUUCCCAAUGGAGGCAUCCCCCCUCGGCUCAGCAGCCAGGAGAAAGCAGCGCAGGUGGCAGUCUACUAUGGAGAUCUCAGCCAAAGCCCGCUUGGCCAGCCGUCCUGGGCCCAGCCUAGGGCCCCCUAGGUCCCCAGCCAGGAGAGCCGGUGGUCCCCCAGCCCAGAGCAGGCCCAUGCUUGCCCGCCAGGAUGCCUGUGCAAAGAGUGAGUCAGAGCCCUCAGAGCACUCGGCUGAGUGUUCCUCGCUAUUCCACUCUACCAUUGCCGAAACCAGCGAGGACGAGGAGGCCAGUGACCACACUGCCAACCGCUUUGGGGACGAAUCCAGUAGCAACGAUUCAGAAGGCUGUGUCCAGAACAUCCGCGGUGGCCUGGGAAUAAGAGGUGCAGAGGCUGGGCAGGGGGAGCAGGCUUGGCCUUGGGUGCCCCUCCAGCAGUCUCCACGGGCCCCAGGAGGCACCAGACCAUCCUUGCCCCCUGUACCCAAACUGUGCCGCAUCAAGGCCUCCAAGGCCCUGAAGAAGAAGAUCCGCAGGUUCCAGCCAGCAGCCCUGAAGGUCAUGACCAUGGUGUGA